AUGUAUAAAAGCAUAGAUAAAAUACAUGAGUUGUAUUUUAUCAGCAUAAAUAAUGAUGUCAAAGGAUCUAGCCUUGUCUUUUUUCUUUUCUUUCUUCCUUUUACUUAUCAUCUGCUCUACUCUUUUAAUCAAAAGCUACGCUACCUCAAGGCCUCAAGACCACUUCUACUUUACUACAAGACCUACCCUACCUUACUUUACUCUUCUACUCUCUUGGCCUCGUAUGCAAAUCUACUAGCCUCUUCUCAUCCAUCAAGGAGGGAACCACUUGUUUCCGUACAGUGAUGUUCCAAAUGCCCUCUUCUUGUCG